AUGGAGCCGCGUUGCAUCAUCCGCCCGGGGGUGGGGGGGACACGGGCGGGACGCGGGGACACGCGUGGGACGGGCGCGCUGGAGGCUAAAGAGUCGCAGCGCUGCCGCCCGCGGGUGUCGCGCCCAGCGGGGCGAGGGCUGGCGGCACCCCGGGGCAUCCCCGGGGGCGUUGGCGGCGGCGCCUCCUCGAGCCGCGCGUCCCGGCGUGCGGGACCGACGCAGGUGGGGGAGGGCGCGGCCGGUUCGCCCCCCAGCCGCCCCGGCCCUCCCGGUGCGCCCCCUCCCCCGCCGUCCCCUCCCUCGCUCCCGCCCGGUGGCGGCGGCCCCGGGCGCGGCUGUGGCUCCCCCUCGGCGCUGCUCCCGCCGCCGCCGCGCGUCCGCACCGGCACCGCCAGCCCCCCCUCACCGCCAUUCCGCCCCAAAACUUUCCGUUUCCCCCAUCCCACUCUCCGGGACUUCCUUGUGCCGCCCGUGCGCGCGGAGGGGGGGGAGGAGGCGUGUGCGGCGGCGGCGAGGGGGGAUUCGCAGCCUCCUGGCAGGCUGGCCGGGACCCCGGGGGAAGAGGAGUUGCACCAUGCGCGGCAAGUGAGGGAAAGUCUCCGCCAGCAGCAGCGCCGCCGCCCCCCGCAGAAGUUGGGGCUCUCCCCGCCCGCGGGAGCGGGAGCUGUGCCUUUAACGCCCGCUGCGCCGCGAGGCUUGUCCUUCCCGGCGCAGCCCCCCGAGCCCAGCCCAGCCCGGGGCCCGCUGCCCCCCGGCGUCCCCUCUGCAGCCUGA